AUGUUACUCCCUGGAUGCUGCAAAUGUUGCCCUUGCAAUGAAUUGUGGAGGGCCAGCUUAUGCUUCAACAUUUGGUUUUGCUUACUCUCCUGAUUCUUAUUAUGAUUAGGUUAUGUUAUUAAAAUCAGGUUUAGCAAUAUUGGUGACGCGGCCACCAAAGACCUUACGGAAGAUUCAUUCGCUUUUCGACUUAAUGUGCUUGCACUAUAUAAAAGUGCCGAAUUUUAUAAUUCUUAUUAUUAUCCUACCGGUGUCACUAUUGCUGCCUCCGACACAUCAUCUAAUCCAAUUACUCGCACGUCCGAUGGCUAUAUUUACAAAUCAGAAAGGGUAGCAUUUGGGGUCUGAGGAUAUAACAUUCCACUAAGCACUGAUGGGACAUAUGUUCUGAUUCUCCAAUUUGUUGAAUUCUGAUAUACAAGCAUAGCCCAGAGAGUAUUUACUUUGCAAGUAGGAGAUUAUGUUGUUUUCGACAAUUUAGACUUAUUCGCUCUCGUUGGAAUAUAUGCUGCUCGUGAUUUUUAUGUCGAAUUCAUGCUAACAGGUGGAAAUAUUUAUAUCUCCGGCAAUUUAAUAAGCAAUGCUUAUUCUAGCGGGAAUUUAAUUGUUAGCUUGCAUCCUGUUAUCCAAGCUCCUAAAAUUUCUGGAAUAAUUUUAAUGAGGGGAAGCUGUGCUACGAAUGAUUAUUGUAAUAUGUGCUAUCAGCAAUUGUGUGUUACUUGUGAUGAAGCAAAUUUAAUUUGUAUUUCGUGUAUUGCGAAUGCGGAACCCAUUGGAGGAGUUUGCCAAUGUAGUCCAAAUGCUUAUUGGGUAUCUUCCACAAAAACUUGUGAGAAAUGCGAUAAUUUAUGUAGCGACUGUAGUGGAUCUUUAAAUUUUAUAUGCACCACAUGUGUAUCCCCAAAUAUUUUAGUGUCAAAUAUCUGCUUAAGAGAGUGCCCGUAUGGAUUUGGCUCUUGUACUCCUAUUUCAACACCUGUUAUUGAUCAAAAUUUUGCAAAUUAUUUUUACGGAGCUUAUGGCUUGUUUACAACAGGGACAAGCUCAAGCAGUUGCUACUUUUUCACUAGUCCUGAAGCUGUAGACCCACUCCCUGCUAAAAACCGAGGACUUUACUUUUAUGGCGGCUCAUAUCUUCAAACAUCAUCUGUCUACAUUUCAUUUAAUUUCUCUCUCGAAAUAUGAAUUUGAAUAUUGCCAGGCUCAGGAGAUAUAUUGGGAAAUAGUCCAAAUAAUAAAAUAGCAAUAUCUGCAAACGGUGCUCUAACAAUUAUAUUAGAAAAUAGACUAGAAGCCACUACUCCAAUAACAACUGCUGCUUUAAAUUCAUCAGGCACAGGCUGAGCUUAUAUUGCUUUUGUUGUUUCAUUUUCAUCAUCAACCAUAUCAACAACAAUCGUCCCUUAUUUAAACAACUCUCCACAAACUUCUAUUACAACUACUGAUUAUAUAUAUAGAGAUGCAGCAGGUAAUUCAAUAUAUUUGGGACAAAACUCUUCAAGCAAGUUUAUAGGGUACAUUUAUCAAUUCACUUUAUGAAAUUGGCUGUCUCGAAUUUUAAUACUCAAUACUCAGAUCAAAUAUGUGGCUCAGGGGCAGUUGCUAAUUGCCUUUGGACUUGCUCUUUAA